GCGUUUUGCGGCCCAGGAGCUGUGGGAGGAGUCGGCGGCCUCACCGUGGUAACCGUAGCACCGCCGCUGCACCGCCGCUGCCCCGCCUUGCAGGCCUCAGGACUGUCAUCGCCUUUGGGUGUGAGGACCACCUUCCCCGGAAAUAGUCCUGUCGGCCCUUUGCAAAUACCCCCAUCCUUCCCACGCCGCCGUCGCCGCCAUGCAAGGGGAGGACGCCAGAUACCUCAAAAGGAAAGUGAAAGGAGGGAAUAUUGAUGUACAUCCAUCAGAAAAAGCACUCAUUGUUCAAUAUGAAGUGGAAGCUACCAUUCUUGGAGAAAUGGGGGAUCCCAUGUUGGGAGAACGAAAAGAAUGCCAAAAAAUUAUUCGUCUUAAGAGUCUCAAUGCCAACACAGAUAUAACUUCCCUGGCACGGAAGGUGGUUGAAGAAUGUAAACUCAUACAUCCCUCAAAACUAAAUGAGGUAGAACAGUUAUUGUACUAUCUACAGAACCGCCGUGAUUCAUUGUCAGGAAAAGAAAAAAAAGAAAAAUCAAGCAAGCCUAGAGAUCCACCUCCUUUUGAAGGAAUGGAGAUUGAUGAAGUUGCUAACAUUAAUGACAUGGAUGAAUAUAUUGAGUUACUAUAUGAAGAUAUUCCUGACAAGGUUCGAGGUUCUGCUUUGAUCCUGCAGCUUGCUCGAAAUCCUGAUAACUUGGAAGAACUACUAAUGAAUGAAACUGCCCUUGGUGCAUUAGCAAGAGUCCUGAGAGAAGACUGGAAGCAAAGUGUUGAGUUAGCUACAAACAUAAUUUACAUCUUUUUUUGCUUUUCCAGCUUUUCUCAGUUUCAUGGACUUAUCACUCAUUAUAAAAUUGGAGCUCUCUGUAUGAAUAUCAUUGAUCAUGAGUUAAAAAGACAUGAGCUUUGGCAAGAAGAACUUUCUAAGAAGAAGAAGGCUGCUGAUGAAGACCCUGAAAACCAAACUUUAAGAAAGGAUUAUGAAAAAACCUUUAAAAAAUACCAGGGACUUGUGGUAAAACAGGAACAGCUGUUACGAGUUGCUCUUUAUCUGCUUCUGAAUCUUGCUGAGGAUACUCGUACAGAACUGAAGAUGAGGAACAAGAACAUAGUUCACAUGUUGGUGAAGGCUCUUGAUCGGGACAAUUUUGAGCUGCUUAUUCUAGUUGUGUCAUUCUUGAAAAAACUCAGCAUUUUUAUGGAGAAUAAAAAUGACAUGGUAGAAAUGGAUAUUGUUGAAAAACUGGUAAAAAUGAUACCUUGUGAGCAUGAAGAUCUGCUGAAUAUCACGCUCCGACUUUUACUAAAUCUGUCCUUCGACACAGGACUGAGGAAUAAGAUGGUACAAGUUGGACUGCUUCCCAAACUCACUGCACUUCUAGGCAAUGAAAACUGCAAACAAAUAGCAAUGUGUGUUCUUUACCACAUAAGCAUGGAUGACCGCUUCAAAUCAAUGUUUGCAUACACUGACUGUAUACCACAGUUGAUGAAGAUGCUCUUUGAAUGUUCGGAUGAACGAAUUGACUUCGAACUCAUUUCUUUCUGCGUUAAUCUUGCUGCUAACAAGAGGAAUGUACAACUUAUCUGUGAAGGAAAUGGGCUGAAGAUGCUAAUGAAGAGGGCUCUGAAGUUCAAGGAUCCAUUGCUAAUGAAAAUGAUUAGAAACAUUUCCCAGCAUGAUGGACCAACUAAAAAUUUGUUUAUUGAUUAUGUUGGGGACCUUGCAGCCCAGAUCUCUAAUGAUGAAGAGGAGGAGUUUGUGAUUGAAUGUUUGGGAACUCUUGCAAAUUUGACCAUUCCAGAUUUAGACUGGGAAUUGGUUCUUAAGGAGUACAAGUUGGCUCCAUACCUCAAGGAUAAACUAAAACCAGGCGCUGCAGAAGAUGAUCUUGUUUUAGAAGUGGUUAUAAUGAUUGGAACUGUAUCUAUGGAUGACUCUUGUGCUGCAUUGCUAGCCAAAUCUGGGAUAAUCCCUGCACUCAUUGAAUUGCUAAAUGCUCAACAAGAAGAUGAUGAAUUUGUGUGUCAGAUAAUUUAUGUCUUCUACCAGAUGGUUUUCCACCAAGCCACAAGAGAUGUAAUAAUCAAGGAAACUCAGGCGCCAGCAUAUCUCAUAGACCUGAUGCAUGAUAAAAAUAAUGAAAUUCGGAAGGUCUGUGAUAAUACGUUAGAUAUUAUAGCGGAAUAUGAUGAAGAAUGGGCUAAGAAAAUUCAGAGUGAAAAGUUUCGCUGGCAUAACUCUCAAUGGCUAGAGAUGGUAGAGAGUCGACAGAUGGAUGAGAGUGAGCAGUACUUGUAUGGUGAUGAUCGAAUUGAGCCAUACAUCCAUGAGGGAGAUAUUCUUGAAAGACCUGAUCUUUUCUACAGUUCAGAUGGAUUAAUUGCCUCUGAAGGAGCCAUAAGUCCAGAUUUCUUUAAUGAUUAUCACCUUCAAAACGGAGAUGUAGUUGGGCAGCAUUCAUUUCCUGGAAGCCUUGGAAUGGAUGGCUUUAGCCAACCAGUUGGCAUUCUUGGACGCCCUGCCACAGCUUAUGGAUUCCGCCCAGAUGAACCUUACUACUAUGGUUACGGAUCGCGAUAAAGUCAUCCCUUUCCAAGUGUACUCUCAGCUUAGAAGAAGAAAUCUGAGUGGGUUGGGUUAACUUUGAAUCGUGGCCUAAUAAUGCAUGUUGAUACUAUUGUGGGUCUGUGUUUUUUAUGUUUCCAUGUAGUUAGCUGCAGAUUAACUCCAGCCCCUUCUGUCUUCUGUUAAGUACAGUUGAUGGUGACACUGUUCAUUCAUCAAACCACAUCUUGAUGCUAGAUAACAUUUCCAGUGAUACUCAAAAGUGAAUGUUGAAAAGCUACUAGACUGAAAAGCAAACACUAUGUUAUGUACAUUGACUAAUUUAAUUUCUUUUAGAAAGAAACGGUGCAAAUGAAUGAAAGUCACGUGUUUGUAUUUAAUGCGCUUCAUUAGGAGUUAUAUGCUUAUAAAGGGUGCACAUGAAUUUUAUUUUUUCCUGCCCUUUUUUCCUAUUUCUAAACUCUUGAGUAUUUUAUGUGAUAUAUGCUACCUUUACAAUUUAUAAAGAGAACAUCACCUUUUUAUUUCAUGCCACAUGCCUGAAAGAUUCCUUCCCAAAAUUAUUAACUAUUAGUUUUCAGUUAAUGAUGUGGAACGUGUGCCAUAAGUUAUGUUAUACAAGUAUAUGAGUAUAGUCUCUUCAGAAAUUUGAAUUCAUGUCUCUCUAACUGUAAUGUAGAAAACCCGGGCUGGCUGGUUAGCUCACUUGUGAAAGCUUGUGCUGAGAACACCAAGGUCAAGAGUUCAAAUCCCUGUACAGGCCAGCCACCCAAAAAAAAAAAAAAAAAAAGAAAACAUACUUGAGACAACUAGUGUAAAUGAAACAGGAUUACUACUAGGCUUUUAACUUUUAUUCUUCAUUAAAUUUAGAAUCUAAAGUAUGGAAAAACUCAUUAAAAGUCUCAUUGAGGAAAACUAAGAAACAGAAUAUUUCACUCAGGUACCCAUUUCCCAUUUGUUUACUUGUUUUUAUUUAUUUAUUUAUUUAUUUAUUUAUUAUUUAUUUAUUUUUUUUUUGACCGGUAAGGGGAUCACAACCCUCUGCACAGUGUGGUCUGCACCACGCUCAGCCAGUGAGCGCACCACACCAGCCAUCCCUAUAUAGGACCCGAACCCGCGGCCUCAGCGCCAUCAGCACCGCACUCUCCCAAGGGAGCCACGGGGCCAGCCCUUGGUUUUAUAAAAGAUAGACUUAGGUACUAAGAAAUGGAGAGACAUUUUGAUUAAUGAGUUUUGAAAAUAAUUCAUUAAUGUUAUAAUAUGGAAAAAUUUACUGGAAAAACCAAGCAAAUAAAAUAACUAUAAUCCAGAGAUAGUUCCUUGGUCACCUGCUAUGGAAGAAAAUAUGAGGCUUCAAAGGGAAUACUAGAUCAAAGACAAAACUUCUGUCCUUGGAUUUAAAGUCUCAUUGAUCUAACUACACUAUCUAUUUGGCUUAAUUUAUAUUUUAAGCUUAGAAUAGUAGACUGGAAGGGCCUUUGAAAUAACUCAGUCCAUCUACUUGUUUGAGAAACCAAUCACAUAAAAAAUUUAAA